CUCAGUUAUCAAUCAGUAGUAACAGCAAACAUGUUCUGUAAAAAUCUGUAAAAUCUCCAUCUCUACCUGUACCGCACUGUUCUCUCUCUCUCUCCAAACUUUUUCUUUUCAAGAUUCUCUCUCUUAAAUUCGUAAAACUUCCAUGAUCACCAUCACAAAGAUCCCUUACCAACCCACUGUCCCAAACCCAAAACCCACUCCGAAUUCUCAAUUUUCCGGCGCGGCGGUGAAUCUCAGCUUCCAAAUCGCGAAGAGAUCAAGAAACACUAGGGUUUGUAGACUCUGGUGGGCGGGCGACCGUGGGGAAAUGGAAUUUAUAAGAAAUUUGAGCAGGGCCUGCUUCAGGGGGAACAGCUCGAACAAGGAAAGGAAGGUGGAAAUUGAAUCCGCCAAUGGCGGCGAAGAUGUCUUUGAUGCGGCGGCGGCGGCGGCCGAGGCCAGGGUGAAACCCGACCACCUCGUUAUCAUGGUUAACGGCAUAAUUGGGAGUGCUGCAGAUUGGAGAUAUGCUGCUGAGCAGUUUGUGAAGAACCUUCCGGAUAAAGUCGUUGUUCACCGCAGCGAGUGCAAUCCAUCAAGGUUGACUUUCGACGGUGUUGAUAGAAUGGGCGAAAGGCUAGCUGAAGAGGUAUUGGAUGUUAUAAUGCGUUGGCAUGGAGUGGAUAAAAUCUCGUUUGUGGCUCACUCGUUAGGCGGACUUGUUGCACGAUAUGCCAUCGGAAGGUUAUAUAAAUUUUCCGAUAAAACGGAACAGCUUUGUGAAGAAAGUAUCGGUGGACUUGAACCGAUGAAUUUUGUGACGUUUGCAACUCCACAUUUGGGUUCACGAGGGCAUAAACAGCUCCCACUCCUAUGUGGCCUUCCUUUUCUGGAAAAAAGUGCGUCGCAAACUGCGCAUUGGAUUGCCGGAAAAUCGGGAAAGCAUCUUUUCCUCAACGACAAUGAUGAUGGGAAACCACCGCUCUUGCUGAGGAUGGUUAAUGACUCCGAUGACCUACAUUUCAUAUCAGCGUUACGUUCAUUUAAGCGGCGUGUGGCGUAUGCCAAUGCAAAUUACGAUCAUGUGGUGGGGUGGAGAACUUCAUCGAUUCGCCGGCAGAAUGAACUACCAAAGGAAAAUCUUCUUGUGAGUGAUAGUAAGUAUCCUCAUAUUGUACAUAUCGAACGAGGAGCAAUUGAAGAUGGAAUUAGUAAAGUAUCCUCUGCUAUUGGAACGCAAGUUAUCGAUUUGGAAGAGGAGAUGAUUAGAGGUCUUAAUCAAGUAUGUUGGGAACGAGUUGAUGUUAGCUUUCAUAAAAGCAGACAGCGAUACGUUGCACACAACACCAUUCAGGUAAAGAGCUACUGGUUAAAUUCUGAUGGUGCUGAUGUUGUUCAACAUAUGAUAGAUAAUUUCCUUCUGUAGCUGCAUGUAUUUGUAUAUAUACAUAUGAAGUAAGUAGUCUUUGUCCAGUUUGUAAUUUAACAAGUCGGAUUAUAUUAUUUUUAUUUAUCCUUUUGUGUACAUUGUCUCG